AUGGUUGUUCGGGACGCGAUAUCAUCGGAUCCUGCCGAGAGGAGCUGCUUCAAAGCCGUCCCGAGUAAAGCCGCUUCGGCGAGUCCACACAGCGAGGGAUUACUUUCCUUCUGCGAGUCUUCUAUAUGCAAUCCAGAUUUGUACGACACACGCUUUGCGAGUCCUUCGUCCGUGAAUUUUCAAGAUGCAAAACCUCGGUAA